AUGAAGAUAUUUGGUGCUAGCCAACAAACCUCUCCCAAGCUUGAAGCUGUGCAAGGAAAUGAUAAUUCAUUUACCUUCCUUCAAAAGGAGCACAAGUAUUUCUUCCAAUCCCUCCAACAGUGGAUGAACGCUUUUCAUGUUUUUGUAGCAGUGUAUUGUGAAAAAUCCCCAUCACAUUCGCCAUGCUUAAUGAAGUACAUGGCAACGAUUCAGAAACUCAGCAACGAUGUCGGUGAAAAAGUAGCUUUUUACUACGAUGAACAGGUUGGUUCUUGGAGAGGUGAAAAUCCUGCUCAAAUGCCCUGGGAAAAAAUCAAUGCUAAACAUUACUUAGAGGCAUUACAAGUUGGACUUAAAAGUCGGUUAGACAUGAAUGAAAAAACAGACAAACAGAAAACACAGAGCCAGCAGUCCUUUCGUGGGAAAAAUAAGCCAUGCUUCAGCUGCAACAACAAUAAUGGGGACUGUGUUCGACCAAACUGUGAGUACGCGCACAUCUGCAACAGAUGUUAUGGAGAGCACCCAAAGAAAGAGUGCAGCAUGUUUUCAGAGCCCAACAAGAAACUCAUUGCAAACUCUAGUAAACAUCAAAACCGAGCAAGCCUAUUUAGAAAGUGA